ACAACGUACAGCCAUCGUUCUUUUUUAACAAAAAUUAACCACGCAAAAAUGUCGGCUCUAAAUUUAACCGUGCACGUUCAUCCCGUGGUUUUAUUUCAAGUUGUUGAUGCUUACGAGCGCAGAAAUGCUGAUUCGCAUCGUGUAAUUGGCACUCUUCUCGGUUCGGUCGACAAGGGAGUUGUUGAAGUCACCAAUUGCUUCUGUGUUCCCCACAAGGAGCACGAUGACCAAGUUGAAGCUGAACUCAGCUAUGCGAUGGACCUGUACGACCUCAAUCGCAAAGUAAACAGCAACGAGAAUGUUGUUGGUUGGUGGGCUACUGGCAAUGAUGUGACCAAUCACAGUUCAGUUAUUCACGAGUACUACGCUCGCGAGUGCAACAAUCCAGUGCAUUUGACCGUCGACACUUCCUUGACUGGCGGCCGAAUGGGUCUGAAGGCAUACGUUUGUAUCCAGCUGGGAGUUCCUGGUGGCAAAACCGGUUGCAUGUUCACUCCCAUCAAUGUAGAAGUUCAAUGCUACGAGCCAGAAGUAUUCGGUUUGAAACUCCUCCAAAAGACCAUCAGUGUCUCGAGCCCGAAUCGCCCAAAGACAGUGUCACCGAUGUUGGAUUUGGCUCAGAUCUCCGAAGCUGCCACCAAGUUGCAGGGACUUUUGGAUUUGAUUCUGAAGUAUGUCGAAGAUGUGAUUGCUCGCAAACAGCUGCCCGACAACGCUGUCGGUCGCUCAUUACUCGAUUUGAUCCAUUCAGUGCCGAAUAUGAGCCACGAACAGUUCACCCAAAUGUUCAAUGCCAACAUUCGAGAUUUGCUGAUGGUUGUAACUCUAUCGCAGUUGAUCAAGACCCAAUUACAGCUGAACGAAAAGCUCACUUUUUUGCCAACCAACUAGGAUCGAGGUGAAUUUGUAUUUAAGAAAAGAAAAAACUGACAGCGGUAAGCAUUUAGUUGAGAAAUAAAAGUUGAGUCUUUCUAUAAUAAAA